AUGGCGAACAACUCCCCCUUCGCCGUGUACGACGACUCGGUGAGCAAGCUGUUCGGCGAGGAGCCCACGCUGGAGCUCCUGCACGAGAACCAGGAAUAUCCCUUCGCCCACGAGGCCGGCGUCUUCAUCGAGAGCAACAACACCCUCUUCAUCACCAGCAACCAGUUCCCCGACGGCAAGGGCGGCAAGAAGAUCCAGAUAUGCCGCGUCACGCUGCCGUCGGACGACAACCCGACGCUCAAGUGCGAGGAGAUCCACCCGCGGGGCGUGCACAUGGCCAACGGCGGCGUCAACUACCUCGACGGCGUGCUCUUCUGCUCCCAGGGCUCACUGGACGCGCCCGGCGGGAUCGUGUUCAUGGAGGCGCACCCGCCGUAUCAGACGCGCGUCAUGGUCAGCUCGUUCCACGGAAGAGAGUUCAACUCGGUGAAUGACGUGGUUGUGGAUAGUGACGGGUCUAUUUGGUUCACGGAUCCGAUUUACGGGUUUGAGCAGGGGAUUCGGCCGCGGCCGAAGUUGCCGAGCCAGGUUUACAAUCCUGACGAGAAGACUGUUUAUGUGACGGAUACAGAUUGGAUUCAUGGUGAUGGGACGACUGACUUGACGAGAGCUUCAACGAUUUACGCAUUUGACGUGGUCUCAUACUCAGGAGAGCCAUUUCUUACGAACAGACGGCUGUUCGCCAUGGCUGACACGGGGAUUCCGGAUGGUAUCAAGUGUGACGUUCAUGGAAACGUGUACAGCGGAUGUGGUGAUGGUAUUAACAUCUGGUCGGCAGGGGGUGUGUUGUUGGGAAAGAUUUUGGUCCAAGGCGGCGCAGCCAACUUCUGUUUCGGUCGUAACGGGGAAAUCUUCAUUCUCAAUGAGAACAGGUUAUGGAGAGCCAAGUUGGCUGAAGAAACGAAAGGAGCGCUCUUGUGUAUCUAG